UGCACGGUUCUUUGCUUGCAGGCAAUGGAUAAUUGCAAUUCGUUGUCUUAAAAACUAAUUUUUCAUCUAAGAAUAAUCAAUAAGUAAUAACAAAAUGAGGGUCCUUGUUAAAAUUGCAAUCCUCAUUGCAAUUUCACUGUGCUUGUUCCACCAUGUGCAAAGCCAGGCUAAAGGAAGAGGCUCGCAAACCCUUGCGGAGAAAGUCCAACAGUUGUUGGAUAUGAAUGUCAAGCGGCCGGUGAUGCGCUUCAAUGGAAACCGUUUCCGUGACUUUGUAAAGUCGGCACCGCGAAACUACUCGGUCGUCAUCAUGUUCACUGCAAUGGCACCGGCCCGACAGUGUGUUAUUUGUCGACAUGCUCAUGACGAGUACACGAUAGUGGCAAAUUCUUAUCGCUAUUCGCAAACUUACUCGAAUAAGCUGUUCUUUGCUAUGGUUGACUUCGAUGAAGGUUCCGACGUGUUUCAGUUGUUACGUCUGAAUACGGCUCCGGUCUUCAUUCAUUUCCCAGCGAAGGGCAAACCGAAACCGGCGGACACCAUGGACAUCCAAAGGGUGGGAGUAUCCGCUGAAGUGAUCGGCAAAUGGAUUCAGGAGCGUACCGAUAUUCAGAUUAGAAUCUUCAGACCACCGAACUAUUCGGCUACUGUAGCCAUCCUUAUGUUGACGGCCUUCGUCGGAGGGUUCCUCUACUUGCGUCGAAACAACUUGGACUUUUUGUACAACAAGCAAAUGUGGGGAUUCCUGGCAGUCAUUUUCUGUUUCGCAAUGGUUUCCGGUCAGAUGUGGAACCAUAUCAGAACUCCACCGUUUGUUCAUAAGGGCCAGAAUGGUGGUAUUGCCUACAUUCACGGGUCGUCCCAGGGGCAGCUGGUGAUUGAGACGUACAUUGUUAUGUUCUUGAACGCCAUGAUCGUUGCCGGUAUGAUUCUGCUGACUGAGUCGGGCUGGCAGAGCGAUCCUCGGAAAGGAAAGAUUGCUGCCGUCGUCGGCUUGGUGCUGGUCGCCGUCUUCUUCUCGUUGAUUCUGUCGAUCUUCCGAUCGAAGGCCCAAGGAUACCCCUAUAGCUUCUUAUUCAAAUAAAUUCGAAUAAUCACUUUCGCCUGUUGUUUUGAGUGCAAUUCAGAUCCUAGAAAAAGUAAGAGUGAUUGCAGUGGAGCACGAUGCUGUGUGUCUGUAACUUGUAAGCACCAAUCCAGCACGAACUUUUAAGGGGUUUUUGCUGUUUAGUAUGCGAGAUCAUUAAAAAAUACGAAAGCGAAAGCGAUGAAGAAUACUAAUUGUAGCAACCGAAAUCACAUUGAUUUACAUAAUACUAGUGAGAACUAAUUGAUUAGUGCAAACAAUCUGCUCCGUCAAAAGCAACUGAAAACAAUUAACUUUAUUGUGUUUGUUUAAUGUUUCCAACUAGGUACUGGAAGUUUUAUUUCUAUAAAUUGACUAAAAACUGAGGAGUAAAAUUUGAAGCCUCUCGUAUGAGGCUAGGGGGUUACAAAUAGACAUUCAGAUCA